CCAAAGGCUGGAUCUAACCCUAAUCACCAACAGUCAAGAACAUUUCCCCUUUCCUCCCUUUCCCCUGCUCUCUCAUGCUGUCCUCUUUAUCUCUAUCACAAGCCUUAGACACUUCACUAGUUCCUCAUUUCACAUUUCAAGGGGACUCUGUGCUCUACCAGUGGGACUGAAGAAUACUUGCUCCUUUUGACAUUCAGUAAGGUUUGCAGAGUUCACUUAUUCCUGCCAGUUGUGCAGAAGUGUGCAGGAUCCCAGGCUGUCUACAGCACACUACUCAGGCGCUCACAAUGAACAGCAACCUAGCAGAGAAAGAGAGCUGUCCUGAUGAUCUCAGCCUUCCAGAGGAUGAGGUUAGGACGCUGUUUGUUAGUGGAUUGCCAUUAGACAUAAAGCCACGAGAGCUGUACUUGUUAUUCAGGCCAUUUAAGGGUUAUGAAGGUUCUUUAAUAAAACUUACAUCGAAGCAGCCUGUUGGUUUUGUAAGUUUUGAUAGCAGAUCAGAAGCAGAAGCUGCCAAAAAUGCAUUAAAUGGUAUACGCUUUGAUCCAGAAAUUCCUCAGACAUUACGGUUGGAGUUUGCGAAAGCAAAUACAAAAAUGGCCAAAAGCAAACUUGUUGGAACCCCAAAUCCCAGCACACCUCAACUGAACAAUGUACCUCAGUUUAUCUCCAGGGAUCAAUAUGAACUCACAGUGCCUGCACUUUACCCGGGUAGCCCUGAAGUGUGGGCGCCGUAUCCCCUCUACCCAGCGGAACUAGCACCUGCUCUACCUCCUGCUUUUACCUAUCCCGCUUCACUGCAUGCCCAGGUCCGUUGGCUCCCUCCCUCAGAUGCUACUUCUCAGGGCUGGAAAUCCCGCCAGUUCUGCUGAGUAACGUGUACCAGGUGUGUGAUGGCGGCUAUAUUCUGUCUUGUGGGUAUUGAUGUGUUAUUCAUUGUUGGCCACUGGAGUCUCAGGCUAUUCAUUAAAACAACAGUGUGCUGGCUACUACAGGUUACAACAACUGAAGACAACCCAUCACCAUUACAUCAUUAUUCCUUCAAGAUCUGACCAAGCCUCCAUCACACAUCUGCCUUGUCAAACUGACAUGCAAGUGAAUAUCCCCUUCCCCUUGUACACUGUAAAGAACUUCAAGUGCCUUAUAUGAAAGCUUGGCUUGCUAUUCAUUGCGGGCUAACCCUAAGAGAACCAUCUGGGGGCAUGUAACUAGCAGUCUCCAUCCUCCAAAAAUCUACUGUGUUGAGAGACUUUGUCUAAUACUUGUAAUUAAAGAAAAAAAUCUAUUUUUUUUCUUAAAUUUAAGCUGCAUGUUUAUGAAUAUUAAGAUAUGUUUAAAGGAAAGAAAAGAGAACUGUAUUUUUCCAAUAUGGAGAUUCUGUCUGUGCUAUUUGUGUGGGCUGUACAUAUUUCAUGCACUAGAUCAGCAUGUGCCCAGUAUUAUUUUGCCUUGUACCAUUAUAACCAUACCGGGAACUAAUCAGAGUAGAGAAGCAAUUUCUAGUUGUACUUAAUGUUAUAAAGUAAGAAGUGGUUUAUUUAAUAUAAUUCUCUGUGAAUUUGUUGUAUGUGAAUUAUGUUGUAUUCGAAACCUGUGGAAAGUGCAGUUAAUAGAAUUCCUUUACUGGAUCCCCCUCCCCCAGAUUGGGCUGACACAUUCCUGGUGAUAAUGUCCGCUUUCUUCUCCAUCCUAAUCUUUAUCAGUAAACGUGGGGAAGGUAUCUCCCCAUUUACCAUUGUAGUGCAUCUCAAUCACAUGGCUGAAUCGAUUCAAUCUACAAUUGUGGUGUGAGGGCUGAUUCACAUGACCAUGCUCGGUCCAGGAAACACAGUCGAUGUGUUGGGCGCAUCUCCUGGGCCUACAACGGCUCCCUUGACCCAAACGGACUUCAUCAUGAUGUUUCAGUCAGUUCCUAUCAAAUCUUGGGUCUAUUGUACUGUACCCACAUGAGGAAUUGACUGCGUCAUAGUGAUUUAUGAUAGUCAGAUCCUAUCCGCUUGCAGGUCUAUUG